AUGGUCAAGACGCCCGUCGAUAUUCGCCAGCUCGGCGUCGCUUUUGGCGCUGGCGUAGCUGCUGCAAUCGUCGCGCAAUGCGCAUACCGAGUCGUGCUCAAGCGCCGUCGACACGCCAUUGAUCGUGCGUCAACGUCGAUCGCAAGAGAGUUUUCUGGAACCGAUGCCGCUGCGCAGGAACUGCUAGCGGAGCAGAUGUCCCGCGUCGCCUCUUUCUUUGGCCCUGAAAGCUUUGACAAGGUCAAAGACGCGUUUGUUGUGGUCGUGGGUCUAGGCGGCGUGGGUUCUCAUGCUGCGCAUAUGUUGGCACGCUCGGGCGUUGGCAAGUUGCGACUCAUCGACUUUGAUAACGUGACGCUGUCGUCGCUGAAUCGCCACGCAGUGGCUACACGAGCUGACGUGGGGCUGUCCAAAGCAGCGGUGAUGAAGCGCCAUCUACUCGAGAUCGUGCCAGAUUGUGAAGUCGAAGAGAUGGCGGUCAUGUUUGAGGCGAAUUCGGCUGAGGAGCUGCUGGAAGGCGACAUCACGUACGUGCUGGACUGCAUUGAUGACGUCAAGACGAAGUGUGCACUACUAGAGGCGGUAACGCGGAAGAAGCUGAAGGUGAUUACAGCGACAGGAGCUGGUGCCAAGGCCGACCCGACGCGUCUGCAGAUUGGAUCGCUCAAGGACGCUGUCCGAGACCCACUUGCUACGAAGAUCCGAUACUUUCUAAAGAAAAAGGGCGUCUCGUCAUCCGAGAUUACGACCGUCUUCUCGAGUGAGAAGAGUUUGUGCAAACUGCUGCCUCUGAAUGCAGAGCAGGCGCAAAGUCCUGAAGAGUUUGGUAACGUGGAGAACUUUCGCAUUCGUGUGAUUCCCGUGUUGGGAACAAUGCCAGCUCUUUUUGGACAGUCAAUGGCGGCCUACGUGCUCUGUGACCUUGCUGGAAAGAAGAUCAACCCCGAAGCAACGGCGCGGCUAUCGCGUGACCAGAGGAACAAAUUGUACCAGAAGCUACAGCAGCGUGAGCACGUGCUGUUCCACGAGGGCCACAAGAUCGAGUUGCAGAAGGACGACAUUGAGUUCAUUUACCAGGAAAUAUGGCGAGGCUGCAGCUCGGUUGGUGGAGCGAGGAACGGCGGCCACGAUCGUCUGUACUUGUCUCGGUGGCGUGCGGACCGACCGCUGCACCCGGACAAUGUGGUGUACCUGACGACGAGGGAGCUCGCUAUCUUAGACAAGGACGGCGUCCAAGGCUUUGACCCUGCUAUUGUUGCCCGCGUUGAUGCGCGGCUCCGCCAGUUUGGCAGCUGGGCUGUGUUGUAG